AUGUCGGCCCCCGAAGGCUACAUUCCAGGAUUCGUCUGCACUCUAGACACAUGCUCCGUUGAACAAUGGGGCUUCGUCCGCUACCGACCAAGUGUCGCCGGAAAUGUUCUCUUUCUGGUGAUUAUGGCCCUGCUCGCAUGCGGUCAGAUCUUUCUCGGCAUAAAGCACAAAACAAGGGGUUUCAUGAUAGCUAUCUGCCUCGGCUUAUUGACGGAGACCGUUGGAUACAUUGCUAGGGUCCUCUUGAAUGGAAACCCUUUCAGCAGAGACUACUUCUUGUGGUAUCUCAUUACUCUAACAAUCGGUCCUGUAUUCAUCGCGGCAGCCAUCUACCUAACUCUCGGGCGCAUCGUCGUGAUCAAUGGGGAAGCCAUUAGCCGGAUCAAGCCUCGCUCGUACACGACAUUUUUCUUGGGAUGCGACAUUGUCAGUCUUGUUGUUCAGGCAGUUGGGGGAGGAAUUGCGGCGUCUACGCCUUUAGACAACCCGCACAUGAUCGAUGUGGGAACAAACAUUCUUGUGGCCGGCCUGUCGAUACAGGUUGCUUGUCUGUUUGCAUUCACUGCCUGCAGCCUCGAAUUCCUCUGGCGCGUGAAGAAGAACCCAGAGAUGCGGAAUCCCGAGUUUACCGAUUUGGUCAACAGCAAAAGAUACAAACUGUUCCUGUUUGCACUGUUUGGUGCAACAGCAUUCUUGUUUAUACGAACCGUUUUCCGUUCUGUUGAGCUCAGCGAGGGUUUCGGUGGGAAGCUUGCCAACCAAGAGGUUGAGUUCAUGAUCCUCGACGGAACCAUGAUUAUACUAGCAUGCUCGUGCUUGACUAUCUUCCACCCAGGUUAUGGCUUCGGGAAAAGGUGGAACGAGGCUAAAUUCCGAUUCCGUGCCUCCAAGGCAAAGGGGAGUCCACAAACCAUCACCCCUGGUAGCAGCGAAAAGGCUGCGCCGGAGACAUCCGCAGAGAGGUUGUAA